UGUUUUCAAUGGUUUUCAAAAUUCUUUCAUUAUUAUGGUUACAGAUUUUGAGUUCUUGCUUUUACGUAUCUGGUAGUUUCCAACGUGUUGUCAAUAUAAACUUUGAGUCUAAUGAACUCUAGAAAUACUGCCAUAAAAUAUAAAGUAACCUAUUUUUUGACCGGUAUCUUUUGGACCCGCAGGCUCAGACGAAUUAAAUUAUUGACUCAGGUGUGGUUUGUUUUGUUUACAAAUUUUAUAAAAAGUAAACAAUUUUGCCAUUUCAUUCGUCGAAACAUGUCGUCUGGCCACACGUUUUUUCCAAAGCGUACGGGAGAUCGUAUCGCUUGCUGCUUUAUGGUAAUAACUUUAGUAAUUGUAGUGAAUUUUGAACUACGAACUGUUCUGCCUAUAUAUCACGAACCAUACUCUACAUGGUGGCUAAUUCAUACGGUUUGUGCAUUUUUUGCGGCCUUUAACGUCUUUUCAAACUUAUUUUUCAUGAUGGCUACGGACACAACCAGUGGUAGUGCCAGCCUUCCUGCUGUACUCAAACCUGGUUGGACCUACUGUCCUUUCUGUCAGCUCAAUUCACCACCAAGAUCAUAUCAUUGCCACGUGUGUGACACAUGCAUCCUCAAACGAGAUCACCAUUGUGUAUUUGGUGGAACAUGCGUUGGCUACAAGAACUAUCGCUAUUACCUCAUGAUGGUUGUAUAUUUAUGGCUUGGUGCCCUGUAUGCAAACAUAUAUCAUUUUGAAUACAUUCACAGUAUUGCUGGUGGAUUCAGUUUGGUUACCUUUUUCACAAUGUUUAUGCCAUUUAUCAUGCUUAUAUGUGGGUAUUCAACUGGCUACCAGUUUUAUGUAUUGUUUUUGGCGGGAAUCUCUGUGUUAUCGCUGUUUCUUUUUUCCUGUUUGUUGUAUCUUCAAAUAAAACUUAUUCUCAAUGGUCAAGUCACAUAUGAAAACAAGCAUGGGAAAAGGGAGUACGAUCUAGGAUACAUUGAUAACAUUAAAGAUGUCAUGGGUACACGAUGGUACAUGGCGUGGAUAAGCCCAUUUCUGCCUUCAUCCAUGCCCGGGGAUGGAGUAAACUUUCGCCGGGGGGAUAUUUUUUAUGAUAUUAAAAAAAUGUAGUUAAGUUAGACAUAAUCUGAGUAACAAUGUAACGAUUGAUUUAUACCAUUAAUUUGAUUGCUAAUAUUGCUUGUAAUUUAUUCAGUAAAUAAUGGUGUUAUUGAAGUGUGCAAAAAGUUCCCUUAAGUAUGGCAUCAUGAUUAGAAUAAUGACAAAUUUCCUGGGUAUUUCUCUUCGACAAUUAGAUUGCGAGCUUGGGAUUUCCUUGAGGUGAUAGUUCAUGUUAAAGUAGACAAUCAAAUAAAAGAAUUUGCAAAAGAAUACUAAAAUGAAUUUCUUGUACAAUUCAACAUUUUGACAAAUUAAAUUGAGAGUUAAUCAA